AAACCACCCAAACUGAACCAUAAACGGCCUGCUUGAAGGGAGUAAUUAUGGAGUGCCAGUGUACCCGGUAUAGUCAGUAGUCAGUACCAAUUGUAUUUAUUCCCCUUUUCUCUAUAAAUUCAAAUCCCAAGUCCAUGAUAGUCACAAACCCCUCCGAUUUACGCAUUCCCGCCAUUUCCUCUCCCUCACUACCAUUUGCCCUCAUCUUCUCUCUUCCAAGUGAAAUUUCGCUUCUGCAUUUUACUCGCUUUCCUGCUUAACCCUACGUACUAUAGAUGCCACAAAUGGAGGCGUCGUUUGCACAUAAUCGAGAUGGUAACGAGCAAUCGCAGAUAAGAUCAUCUAUACCUGAAUUGGCAGAAGAGGAAGAGUCCACGGUUUAUAUGGCAUGUGUUAUGCACGGACACAGGAUUGGAGUUUCCUAUUAUGAUGCCAGUGCACGCCAACUCCAUGUGCUGGAAAUCUAUGAAGAUGGAAGUCAUGAUUUUUCCUUGGUUGAUAUGGUGAAAUAUCAGGCCAAACCUGGAACAAUCUAUACCAGUACUAAAAGUGAGGAAUCAUUUUUGGCAGCCUUACAGAGAAGCGAUGGUACAAGUGAUGCUCCUUCUGUAAAGCUUGUGAAAAGUUCAUUAUUCAGCCAUGAACAAGCAUGGCACAGAUUGAUGUACCUUCAAGUCACAGGGAUGGAUGAUGGUUUGAACAUAAAAGAGAGAACUGCUUUUCUAAGUUCUAUGAUGGACGUCAGCAGUGAUGUUCAAGUUCGUGCAAGUGGGGGCCUGUUAGCUGUGCUAGAAAAUGAGCGGAUCAUAGAUACCCUUGAACAAAAUGAAUGUGGGAGCGCAUCAAUUGCAAUUGACUGCAUUUGCGAAAUUUCUCUGUAUCUUCUAAGCUAUAAGUUUUCUGGAAUGACUUAUCUUUUUAAAUUCAUUUCUCUCCUCAUUCAUAUAUCUCUGUUUUGCAUCGGGGAUAAAAUUUGUGCAAUGAUGUGUUCCUUGACUAUCACAUUAAGGGACAAAUUUCUCAAAGUUGAUUCAGCUGCUCAUGAAGCAUUACAAAUAUUCCAAAUAGACAAGCAUCCGAGCCAUAUGGGAAUUGGCAGAGCAAAAGAAGGGUUCUCUGUAUUUGGGAUGAUGAAUAAGUGUGUAACCCCAAUGGGUAGACGUCUCUUGAGGAACUGGUUUCUGAGGCCUAUAUUGGAUCUUGAUAACCUGAAUCGGCGUCUUGAUACUAUAUCUUUCUUCCUGUCUGCUGAAGAAAUUUCGGUCUCUUUACGUGAAACACUGAAGUCUGUAAAAGAUAUUCCCCGCAUUCUCAAGAAAUUCAACUCUCCAAGUCCUAUAUCUACAAGUGCAGACUGGUCAGCUUUUCUGAAGAGUGUGUGUGCUCUCCUGCAUAUAAGCAAAAUAUUUGAAGUUGGCAUAUCUGGAUCUCUGCUAGAAGAAUUGACGUCUUCGGACUUGGAUAUUAUUGAGAGGGCUGGAUUUUUCAUUUCAGUCGAUCUAGCCUAUGUCUGUGAAUUGGUAAUUGGUGUCAUUGAUGUUGAUCGAAGUAAAGAGAAGGGUUAUGAGACAAUAGUAAAAGAGGGUUUCUGUGAUGAGCUGGAUGAACUGAGGCAGAUAUAUGAGGGAUUGCCAGAAUUUCUGGAAGAGGUUUCGGCCUUGGAACUUGCACGACUUCCUUGCAUGUAUGAAGACAGGGGGAUUCCUUCUAUCAUUUACAUACAUCAGAUAGGUUACCUAAUGUGCAUUUUCAAUGAAAAACUUGGUGAAGAAAUGCUAGAGAGUCUUCAGGACUAUGAGUUUGCGUUUGCUGAUGAGGAGGGAGAACAUAAGAGGUUCUUUUAUCAUACUGCAAAGACAAAAGAAUUGGAUAACCUUCUCGGAGAUAUAUAUCAUAAAAUUCUGGAUAUGGAGAGAGCUAUAACAAGAGACCUAGUGUCACAUAUUCUUCAAUUCUCAGUGCAUGUGCACAAGGCUGUUAGUUUUGCAGCUGAGCUUGACUGCAUUUUAGCGUUAGCCUUGGUUGCACGUCAAAACAACUAUGUAAGGCCAAAUUUGACUGCAGAAGAUUUGCUUGAUAUAAGGAGUGGAAGACAUGUUUUGCAGGAGAUGACUGUAGACACAUUUAUUCCCAAUGACACAAAUAUUACUCUUGAAGGAAGAAUUAAUAUCAUCACAGGCCCUAAUUAUUCGGGAAAAAGUAUCUACAUCAAGCAGGUUGCCUUGAUAGUUUUCCUUUCCCACAUUGGAAGUUAUGUACCAGCUGAUGCUGCCACAGUGGGUUUAACUGACAGGAUAUUUUGUGCCAUGGGGAGUAAAUUUAUGACUGCAGAGCAGUCGACAUUUAUGAUUGAUCUCCAUCAAGUGGGAAUUAUGUUAAGGCAUGCAAGUCCUCGGUCCUUGUGCUUAAUGGAUGAGUUUGGUAAAGGCACCCUUACAGAAGAUGGAAUCGGUCUCCUUGGUGGAACCAUAAAUCACUUUGUAUCAUGCUAUGACCCUCCAAAGGUCCUGAUUUGUACUCAUUUGACGGAGAUAUUUGAUAAUAGUUGUUUACUAGAGUCAGACAGAAUCAAGUGUUACACUAUGAGUGUGCUAAGCCCAGAAAAAGAUUGUGCCGAUGUUGAAGACAUUGUAUUUCUCUAUAGGUUGGUCCCUGGACGUGCACUCCUUAGCUAUGGGUUGCAUUGUGCCCAGCUUGCUGGAUUACCUCACGAAGUUCUAACGCGAGCAGCAUUAAUAUUGGAUACUAUCAAGAAUGACAACCAAAUGGAGAGACUUGUCAGUGAGGAUAUAAUAGCUCAGGAUCAGCAGUACAAGGAUGCAGUGGAGAAGUUGCUAGGCUUCGAUGCUCAAAAAGGUGAUCUGCUCCACUUCUUUGAAGAGAUCUUUGCUAGCCAAUCCUAAAAGGGAGGGGGUAUCAUACUCUUUUGGCAUUCAGUUGUGAAUUGGAUAUAUUUUAUCAAUAAUGCAACUAUAUCCGUGAGACUUUUUCGGGACUUAUAACGUGUAAGGCAAAGUCGGUAUAUUUGAGCUAUGGAAGGCAAAGAAAUUGGCUAAUUUGAUAAAGGA